CUAUUCCUCAUAAGCCACCCACCAUGUCCCCAGCCUCAGUUGACAAGACAAAAGACUUCCUCCUGGGCGAGCGAUUCUCGGACAUGAAAAUCACCUGCUAAGGGCAAACGUUCAAAGUCCACCGUUUCAUCAUAUGCAAAUAGUCAUUGUUCUUCGAGAAUGCCCUGACUGGGCUCUUCAAGGAAUCAUCGGAGCAGACUGUCGACUUGUCCGAUGACGAUCCGGAGACGAUUGAGGGUGUCGUUUCGUAUCUAUAAAUGAACGAUUAUCAAGAAGAUGGGCAUAUAGUGCCGUUGGGUGGUAUAUCGGAGCCAGAACAAUCAGAAGACGAGACUGCUACAAGCGAGCCAGCAGAUGUCGAUUCCAUAAGAGCCAUUGGGAGCAACCAUGUCCAGGUCUAUAUCGCUGCAGACAAAUUUGGGAUUGUCAACCUGAAGUCCCUUGCUAGAGAGAAAUUUGCUUAGUGGACAAAUGCCAACUGGGAUUCUCCGGCAUUUGUUGAGAUAGUACAAGAGGUGGCAAGCUCAGUGCCUCCGCAUGACUUGGGUUUUCAACAUGUGAUUGCCGAUGUUAUAUCAAAUCAUGUUAUUGCCCUUGUGGAAAAGGGGGCAAUUCUACAGCUUACAGAGGCUUUGGGGAAUAUUGGGUCUGAGGUUAUUGACCAAUUGGUGAGGAGCAAUAUGGUUAGGGAAAUAGAGGAGAAAGACUACGCAAGGUCUCUGCACCGGAUUGCGCAAAAAUUGGAUGGUAUGCGUUGUUGCGGAUUCUGCAGAAAAAGGCUAAAUGCGAAGUUGGAAAAUGAAGAGUAUUAACAUGGUAUUUUACGUUGUGGUUCGUGCCGUAUGCAGGUUUGAUCUCACAGAUAUCAUGUUGCUUCCGGUUAUGACAGUAGAUAAAUGAUACAUUAAUCCAAGACCUUCAUGCUAUUGA